AUGAGUACCCAGCCCCCACCUCUCGCCGGCCUCCGCGUAAUCGAAUUCGCCGGCCUCGCCCCCGGCCCCUUCUGCGGCAAGCUCCUGACCGACUACGGCGCCUCCGUACUCCGGAUCGACCGCCACGACGGGCCCCAAACCCCCACGCCAGACCUCCUCGCAUCCAGCAAGCGCUCCCUAACACUCAACGUCAAGUCCCCCGCCGGAAACCAGCUCCUGCGGAAGCUCCUCCUCACAGCCGAUGUCCUGAUCGACCCAUUCCGGCCCCAGACGCUGGAGCGCCUGCAGCUCGGCCCAGAGACGCUGUGUAGAGCGAACCCGAGGCUCAUAUAUACGCGCCUCACCGGCUUCCGGCGCGACGGGAAGUAUGCGGCCAUGGCGGGGCAUGAUAUCAACUACCUUGCCGUCUCAGGCGCGCUCUCGCUCCUGGGCGCGGCGGGGGCGCCGCCGUCACCGCCGGCGAACAUACUAGGCGACUUUGCGGGCGGCGGGGCGAUGGCGUUUAUGGGCGUAUUGUUGGCGCUUGUUUCGAGGGGUGUGAGUGGGAGGGGGCAGGUCGUGGAGGCGAAUAUGGUGGAUGGGUCGGCGUAUUUGACGAUGUUUCCGAGGUUUUUGGUGAAGACGCCGACGUGGAAUAGAGGGAGGGGGGGGAAUCUGUUGGAUGGGGGUGCGCCGUUUUAUCGGUGUUAUAGGUGUGCGGAUGGGGGGUAUAUGGCGGUUGGGGCGUUGGAGGAGAGGUUUUACCAGGUGUUUGUGAAGGGGCUGUUUGGCGGAGAGGCGGAGAGCUUACCAAAUAGAGGGAAUAGACGUAAUUGGGAAGCGUUGAGAACGUUGUUUGAAAAGAGGUUUGCGGAGAGGUCGAGAGCGGAGUGGGAGAGAGUAUUUGAUGGGACGGAUGCGUGUGUAACGCCGGUUCUGUCACAUGGCGAAUUGGAACAAAGUGGAUUUGAACAGAGGCCGGCUGUGACGUUGAUGGGAUCGGAGGCGUUUAAAGAGAGAGAAGGUGAAGAGUGGUCAGGGAGAGCACUGAGUCCAGGAGAAGGGGGUAAAGAGGCCUUAGAGGAGUGGUGGGGAUUGAAAGAGGGAAUAGAAUGGACGGUUGGUGAGGAGGGGUUCGAGAAUCUCGAAAAGAAAGUUGAAUCGAAGCUAUAA